GAUCUCCACAUCAUAGAAAUGAACGUUGAUAAGAUUUCUGUAAUAAACAUCGAAAAAUAUGAGUUGUGAGUGAUAGUUGUCGAAUUAAUUCAAAAAGUAGUGCUAUUUCUAGUGAAUAUUCGUGUUAAUUAGUAAAAUGACAUCGAGACAUCAUUAAGGUUGGAUACGUACUUUGCUGAGCACACUUUCCUGUAGGUUAACGUCACCCAGGCGUACACGCCACGUUUGCGAGAAAAAAAGGCAGUCAGUUUUAAAGGGAACGGAAUUGUAGAAAGGGGUAAAGAUGGUUUUGAUAUCAGCUGCCAUUUGUACGAAAGCUGGAAAGACAUUGGUGUCUCGACAAUUCGUCGAAAUGACCAAGGCUCGUAUCGAAGGGUUGUUGGCUGCGUUCCCAAAGCUCGUUCCGGCAGGCAAGCAGCAUACCUUUGUGGAAACCGAAUCUGUACGAUAUGUUUACCAGCCCUUGGAUAAACUUUACAUGCUCCUUAUUACCACCAAAACCAGCAAUAUCUUAGAAGAUCUGGAAACUUUGAGGCUAUUCGUCAGAGUUAUCCAGGAAUACUGCCGCAGCAACGAAGAAUCGGAAAUCCGCGAAAACGCCUUCAACCUGAUCUUCGCCUUCGACGAAAUAGUCGCCUUGGGAUACCGCGAAAGCGUCUACUUGGCUCAAAUUCGCACCUAUGUCGAAAUGGACUCCCAAGAAGAGAAGGUCUACCUGGCUCUGAGACGAUCGCAAGAACGCGAGGCUAAAAAUAAAAUGCGCGAGAAAGCGAAAGAGCUACAAAGACAACGUUUGGAGGCAGCCAAGCGAGGCCCAGCACCCAAAAGUUUCGGCAGCUAUGGCGGUGGCAGCUUCGGAAGCUCGAUGGGCUACAUGAAGAAUCCAAUCGCGGUCACAGCCGAAGCUGAAAAAAUCGCCGAGACUUUAUCAACCACCAAGAUUUCCGACGAACGUAAAACUCCCAUGAAGGUGAUGAAACUCGGAGCGAAGUCGAGAAACGUCGACACCUUUUUGAACCAGUUGCAAAACGAAGGCGAAACCAUAUCUUCCGAGUUGAAAAAGCCAAAUCUUACCGAAAGAUUAGAGAUCAGCGACGAUGAAAUAUCGAACGAGUAGAUCCCCUCAAGCAGGUUUGAGGUUACCAUCAUCUCUGCAAAUAAGCUGGAUACGAAAUUUCAACCCCUUUUUUUUCUUCGAUACUUGUUCCCUCCUCGCCUUGUAUUGUAUUUGUAUGUAAAAUUUCGAAGAAAUCGAUUCUAAUGUAAUUUUUUUUUCGUUGUAUUUUUUAAUUCACGCGGGGGUUUUUGUUCGUCGUUUUAGUGGGGAAAAUCAUACAAAUUCAUUCGCCCUUGCUCCCCUUUUUAUUUAUUUUUUUUUUUUUUAAAUUUACCCACCUAGUGGAUCUUUAAUCUUUGCAUUUAACGGAGUAUCCCUACUUUUGCACUCGUCCUUAUAAAAAAUUACCUUCUCGCUUCCAAUUGAUUUUCACCCAUGCCCCUUAUCUUUUCGUAUUGAUCGAUUUGCUAACGUUACAUUCCUGAAAUCGCCUCAUACUGGAGGAUGAAAGUGAUGGAACGCCACGACGAAUCAGAUGUCGUAAAACAGAUGGUGAAAUUUGAGAAUCUGAAUCGAAUGAUUCAAUGACCUAAACUGUAUCAAUUUCCCUACUGUUUGAAAACUUGGUGCAAUAAAUUGAUCGAUUUCUCUCCAUUUUACAUUCGAAAAAUCAAUCCCGAUGUUUUUUGACUUGAAUUUUACAGAAAAAACAACAGGUUUGAUUUUUUUUGUAUAUUUGUUUCCUCGAGUCGUACAAUUUGUGCAAUAUUGGUCGGGUGUUGAAGUUGAGAACUUUCGAGAUCAUUUUUGUUAUUUUUCAUUAUCUUAUAUUGAUUCGAAUAGGUACCUAUAUUGAAAUGAUAAAUGUAAAUGAGCAGUUGUAGAUAAUAAUAUUAUAGUUAUAUAUUAAUUAUUUUAUUGUUUAAUUUAAUAAAGAUUUUCAUAAACGUUGAAAAA